GCGGCGGCGGCGGCGGGCGGCGGCGAGGCCGCUCCACCGCACGCGCACACACAGAGCCCGGCCGCGGGAAUGCAGAUGACACGCCCGUAACAUGGAAGCCGCCGCCGCCGCUCCGACGACAGCAGCAGCCGCCGGCGGCGCCGCGCUGAACAAAGGUCAUCCGAGCCGCGGCCCAGACGCCCGGGCUUGACCGCUGCGAAGGCCAACCCCGGGAAGGGGGAGGCCGAGGCCGCUCCCGCAGCCGACGCAUGCAGUGUGAGGAGACACACAUAGAUGGCUUUCCUGGGGGCUCUUUGUCAGCCACCAGCACAGAGAACACACACUGACACACACGUACACAAAGGUGUGAGCCAGGUUGUAGGAGCGAGGGUUGCCAUAGCUUUUUUAUGUAGGGUGACCAGAACCGGCUGAAACUGGUUUGAGGCAGAUCAGCUCCUGAACACAAUGCAGUCACUGAGCUACUACAGUGGGAUAGCAGCUUCCUCCCUUCAUGGCAGCCAAAAGCAGAGGAGCUUGCAGGAAGGUACCAUCCCAACACAGUAUGUGAAUGCACACUUAGACACCACACAGCACUGGUACGUGACUAAUGGAGCCCUAAAAGAUUCUGUGUAGAGAAGAUGGAAAAAAAUGUGCAGGUUUGCAAGGUCUGAGAUUACUUGGGCUUUUCCUGCCUUUUUCUUUUGCUUAAGGGAUGGACAAGGAGCUGAGAUUUAUGACCCUUAUUAAAGAAAAAAAUGUGCCUUGCUAGGGUGGGGACACUUGGUUUAUGCAGUCUCUCUCUCUCUUUCUCUGUGUUUCUAACAAAACAAAACCAAAAUGAACUGAUGGAUUUGUAAUGGUAGUUUGUUUGUUGCUGGAGAAUGCUACUUUGCAUGCCUUUUUUUUUUUUUUUUUCUCUUGCAGGGUAUGUUCUGUUUUGUGCUUUCCCUUUUAGAAGCUACUAAAGGGUGUUGGGGAUACUUCUGACUAUUAUGAAGGCCAAAAGGCCUGUUGACUGGGGCUGCUUUUUAACCCUUUCAUAUUUGCAGAGAAUGCAACCGUGUGACAGUAACUGAACAUUGGGCCAAAGUCUUUCCAAAAGGUCAAGGUUCACAAGAACAUCUGAUCAAAUUCAUGACCAUGGGGGAUAUGAAGACCCCAGACUUUGAUGACCUCCUGGCAGCAUUUGACAUCCCAGAUAUGGUCGAUCCAAAAGCAGCUAUUGAGUCUGCGCACGAUGACCAGGAAAGCCACAUCAAGCAGAACGCCCACGGAGACGAGGACUCCCACACCCCCUCCUCCUCUGAUGUGGGCGUCAGCGUUAUCGUCAAGAACGUCCGGAACAUCGAUUCAUCCGAGGGCGCGGAGAAAGACGGCCACAAUCCCACCGGCAACGGCUUACACAACGGGUUUCUCACCGCGUCCUCUCUCGACAGUUACGGCAAAGACGGAUCCAAGGCCUUGAAAGGAGAGGCGCCUACCUCAGAGGUGACUUUGAAAGACUCCGCGUUCAGCCAGUUUAGCCCCAUCUCAAGUGCUGAAGAGUUUGACGACGACGAGAAGAUAGAAGUGGACGACCCCCCGGACAAAGAGGACGUGCGUUCCGGUUUUCGGUCGAAUGUGUUGACGGGGUCGUCGUCUGCCCAGCAGGACUAUGACAAGCCAAAGGCGCCCGGAGGGGACGGCUUGAGCACAACCGGAAUCUCUCCUGCAGGCAGUUUAGACAAAAACAGAGUUGUUAAGAGAGAAGCGGAAACAAAUUCCGUAAAUCUGAGUGUUUACGAACCUUUUAAAGCCAGAAAAGCAGAGGAUAAGCUGAAGGAAAACUCUGAAAAGGUGCUUGAAAGCCGGGCGCACGACGGGAAGCCGAGCCCGGACAAGAGCGACCCCGGCGUUGGCGGCGGCGUGCCAUCGCGGUCAAAGCCGUCGUCCAAGCUGUCCUCGUGCAUAGCUGCGAUAGCAGCACUGAGUGCUAAACGGGCCGCUUCCGACUCCCGCAAGGAGCCCGUGACCGACUCCCGCGGGUCCUCUCCGUCACCUAAAGAAGCGAAUGACAGUCCCAGAGCCAUGGAGAAGUCUCCCGAAUCCCAGAGCCUCAUCGACGGGACGAAGAAAGCGUCCCUGAAGCAGCCGGAUAGCCCGCGGAGCAUCUCCAGCGAGAACAGCAGCAAGGGGUCGCCGUCCUCCCCCGCAGGGUCGACCCCAGCAAUCCCCAAAGUCCGCAUCAAAACCAUCAAGACGUCUUCUGGGGAAAUAAAGAGAACAGUGACAAGGGUGUUGCCCGAGGUCGAUCUCGACUCGGGGAAAAAGCCUUCCGAGCAGGCCGGGUCCGUGAUGGCGUCUGUGACGUCUCUCCUGUCCUCUCCGGCUUCGGCUGCCGUCCUCUCCUCCCCGCCCAGAGCACCUCUGCAGUCGGCGGUGGUCACCAACGCGGUCGCCCCUGCAGAGCUGGCCUCCAAACAGGUCACGAUCAAGCCCGUGGCCACUGCCUUCCUCCCGGUGUCCGCCGUGAAGACGGCGGGAUCUCAAGUCAUCAAUUUGAAGCUGGCUAACAACACGACGGUCAAAGCCACGGUCAUAUCUGCUGCCUCGGUUCAGAGCGCCAGCAGCGCCAUCAUCAAAGCCGCCAAUGCCAUCCAGCAGCAAACCGUUGUGGUGCCGGCAUCCAGCCUGGCCAACGCCAAACUCGUGCCAAAGACUGUGCACCUCGCCAACCUUAACCUUCUGCCUCAGGGCGCCCAGGCCACCUCGGAGCUCCGCCAAGUGCUAACCAAACCUCAGCAGCAAAUAAAGCAGGCAAUAAUCAACGCAGCAGCCUCGCAACCUCCCAAAAAGGUGUCUCGAGUCCAGGUGGUGUCCUCCUUGCAGAGUUCCGUGGUGGAAGCUUUCAACAAGGUGCUGAGCAGCGUCAACCCAGUCCCAGUUUACAUCCCCAACCUCAGUCCUCCUGCCAACGCAGGCAUCACGUUACCGACCCGCGGGUACAAGUGCUUGGAGUGUGGGGACUCCUUUGCCCUCGAAAAGAGCCUGACCCAGCACUAUGACCGACGCAGCGUGCGCAUUGAAGUAACGUGUAACCACUGUACAAAGAACCUCGUUUUUUACAACAAGUGCAGUCUCCUUUCCCACGCCCGCGGGCACAAGGAAAAGGGGGUUGUGAUGCAGUGCUCCCACUUGAUUUUAAAGCCAGUCCCAGCUGAUCAAAUGAUUGUCUCUCCGUCAAGCAAUACUUCUACUUUAUCGUCUGCUCUUCCAAGCUCCGUGGGAGCCGGCACACACACUGUAACGAAAAUUCAGUCUGGCAUAACGGGGACAGUCAUAUCCGCUCCCUCAAGCACACCCAUCAUUCCAGCUAUGCCGUUAGAUGAAGACCCAUCCAAGCUCUGCAGGCAUAGUCUGAAAUGUUUGGAGUGUAACGAAGUUUUCCAGGACGAGACGUCGCUGGCUACACACUUCCAGCAGGCUGCAGAUACGAGUGGACAAAAGACUUGCACUAUCUGCCAGAUGCUGCUUCCUAACCAGUGCAGUUAUGCAUCACACCAGAGAAUCCAUCAGCACAAAUCUCCCUACACCUGCCCCGAGUGUGGGGCCAUCUGCAGGUCGGUGCACUUCCAGAGCCACGUCACCAAGAACUGUCUGCACUACACACGGAGAGUUGGUUUUCGGUGUGUCCAUUGCAAUGUCGUGUACUCUGACGUGGCUGCUCUGAAGUCUCACAUCCAGGGCUCUCACUGUGAAGUCUUCUACAAGUGUCCUAUUUGUCCCAUGGCGUUUAAGUCUGCCCCAAGCACACAUUCCCAUGCCUACACUCAGCAUCCCGGCGUCAAGAUAGGAGAACCAAAAAUAAUAUAUAAGUGUUCCAUGUGCGACACUGUUUUUACCCUGCAAACCCUGCUGUAUCGGCACUUUGACCAACACAUCGAAAACCAGAAGGUGUCUGUUUUCAAGUGUCCAGACUGUUCUCUUUUAUAUGCACAGAAGCAACUCAUGAUGGACCAUAUCAAGUCUAUGCAUGGAACAUUGAAAAGUAUUGAAGGGCCUCCAAACUUGGGUAUAAACUUGCCUUUGAGCAUUAAGCCUGCAACUCAGAAUUCAGCAAAUCAAAACAAAGAGGAUACGAGAUCCAUGAACGGGAAAGAGAAAUUGGAAAAGAAGUCUCCGUCACCUGUGAAAAAAUCCAUGGAACCCAAGAAAGUAGCCAGUCCUGGCUGGACGUGUUGGGAGUGUGACCGCUUGUUCACACAGAGAGAUGUUUACAUUUCCCACGUGAGGAAGGAGCACGGGAAGCAAAUGAAAAAACAUCCCUGCCGCCAGUGUGACAAAUCUUUCAGCUCCUCACACAGCCUGUGCCGUCACAAUCGGAUCAAGCACAAAGGCAUCAGGAAAGUUUAUACCUGCUCGCACUGCCCAGACUCCAGGCGCACCUUUACGAAACGGUUGAUGCUGGAGAAACAUAUCCAACUCAUGCACGGUAUUAAGGAUCCUGACUUGAAAGAAAUGACAGAAGCCACCAAUGAGGAGGAAACAGAAAUAAAAGAAGAUACCAAGGUUCCCAGCCCCAAGCGGAAGUUGGAAGAACCAGUUUUAGAGUUCAGACCUCCCAGAGGGGCAAUUACCCAACCACUGAAAAAGCUGAAGAUCAACGUUUUCAAGGUUCACAAAUGUGCCGUGUGCGGCUUCACCACCGAAAACCUCCUGCAGUUCCACGAACACAUCCCUCAACACAAGUCGGACGGCUCCUCCUACCAAUGUCGGGAGUGCGGCCUCUGCUACACGUCGCACGUGUCCCUGUCCAGGCACCUGUUCAUCGUGCACAAGCUGAAGGAGCCCCAGCCUGUGUCCAAGCAGAACGGGGCCGGGGAAGAGAACCAGCAGGAGAACAAGCCGAGCCCCGAGGACGAGUCGCCCGACGGCGCGGGGUCAGACCGAAAGUGCAAAGUGUGUGCAAAAACGUUUGAAACUGAAGCUGCCUUAAAUGCUCACAUGCGGACACACGGCAUGGCCUUCAUUAAAUCCAAGAGAGCGAGCUCAGCCGAGAAAUAGCCACAGCCCUUCCGUAAGGAAAAUCCCUGUCCACAUUGGAAAAAAAGAGACAUUUUUGUUACAAAAAGUUUGCAGUAUAAUAGAGUUAACAGUACUGUCUAGGCUGUUGCAAUAUAUUCUCUUUGAGUGUACCUUCACCUCGUCGUGUAUAUCCUCGAUAAGUAUUAAAACAGUAUUUGAGUUUAAAAGAGUUUGUAUAUAUUUAAAUGAAUAACUUUUUAUACUCUUUGUUACAUGUUUGUAUCAGUAUUUAGUGGAAAAUGUUUUGAGGGUUUUUUUUUUUUUCUUCCUUUUUUUGGUUUUUUGGUGUCUUUUGAUUACUGUUGUUUUUGUUUUUGUUUUUCUGGGUUAGAAUUUUUCUUUUUGUACUGUUUCUUUUAAAACAGAGUUCUUAGUAACAGGGGCAGUUCCUGAAUUCAAAUAAACCAUUUUGUAUGUUACCGAUUUGAAUGGGUUACUAAUUCCAGGCUAAGAUAAUGCCUUUUUUAGUGUUUUUAAUUUUUAGAAUUCACUACGUAAAUUGUAGGUAUUGUGGGUCUCAAAAACACUAGGGACUUUUAAGUGUCUUAGCAUUACCCUCAACGUGCCUGCUCCGAGUCGGUGAGUGCACCUCGACGUGUCACUGCACCCCAGCAUGUGGCGUUUUCUUCCAGGCCACGCCAAACGGUGUUGAAACCAGCCCUGCAGGUAGCUUCUUCCCCAGCGGCGGAUUAAAAACUUCGGCCAGAACGCCAGGAAGGAGCGUGCAUUUCCCUAAUUCCACAGUAGAAUGGGGAAGGAAGGGCACUCCAAAGGGAAGACCCAGAGGCCGGUGGUUUUCUGGGCAGAUUUUUGCAAGGCGGGCCGAAGGAGCACAAGGUCAAGUCACAAAAGGGCUGGACUACUGUAAAAGUCACACAUCUGUAGUUAGACCAACAGAUUUCUACAGUCGAGUUUUUUGUCACGUAAUUUAUCAACUCUUACAAAGACACAACUAAAAAUAUCAAGUAUUUCUCUGGCUCUUGACAGGAAAAAAAAAAAAAAGAAAUCACAGUUGACUUAACCCUUUGCUGUCUAAAGAGUUGGCGUUUCCUGUUCUGGGUGCUACUGCCAAACCUCUGGUACUUGGAGUUGGGAUGCGCAACUUCUGCCACCGACCUAUCAAUGCAGCAGGUGCGGGUCGCGAUUGGCCGGGCGGUCACGCACUGAGCCACCAGGCUUCAGUUCGGUCAUCUCAAUAAGUAUCUUCAAUAUCAGGAGUUCUGCUUCAUCGAAACGCAGCAGGGCUCUUGCUCUGUCCCUUCCGUUUGUAGUUCUCUGGGAGAGUUCUCUAUUUUUCCGUUUUUGGUUUUUUUGUGUUUUCUUUGGCAUUUUAUAUCGUAUUUAUCCCUAAAACAUGUUUUGUACUUUUUUUUUUUUUUUAAAGAAAAGAAAUUCAUUUGUGUAUAUAUAGAUACUUGCAUGAUAUACUGUAGUCAACGUUCGGUUCCUCAAAAGGUCUUACUGCUGUCAGGUGUUAUGCACUACAUCCAUCAUAACUGUAUUGAACACAUUUCAUAUGUAAAUAAACGUGGGACAUGA